UUCCUUCGAGUUCCGAGUCUUCUAAUCAUGAAGAGGAAGCAUCAGGCCAUUAUCGAGACGUACUGCAAGUCGUUGUGAGAGCGGUUCGCAAAUUCAAGGAACCGGCCAUGACAAUCGUCAUGCAGCGGAUUGAGUUCACUGCCACAAUGACGUAGCAAGCUCCUGUGCUUCCCAGCGCUUUCCUCUCACCAUCUUCAAACCAUCACUCAUGCUCCACGCAGCCAACACUCCUCCCAAAUCAUACCGCCCAGAAGACCGACCCAGCACAAUGGACAAGCUCAAGAAGAUCUUCAAGCACGACAAGUCCGACACGUCGUCGUCGUCGACCAGCCCUUCGCACACGACGGCCGAGCGAAACACGGCAGCCACGACAACCUCUUCGGCCCCUCCACCUCAGCACAGCACUCCUGCCGCAGCUUCCACCACCGGCGCACCCUCCUCCAAGGGCCCUCCCGCCGGUGUUCUGCUCGAGACCAACUACGGCAACAUCACCAUCGCCCUCUACAGCGACAAGGCCCCCAAGACAUGUGAGAACUUCGCAGGCCUCGCCGAUGCUGGCAAGUACAACAACGUCAUCUUCCACCGUAUCAUUCCCGGAUUCAUGCUGCAAGGCGGCGACUAUGAGUUCGGCAACGGCACUGGUGGUAAAUCUCUCUGGGGCGGCAAGUUCGAGGACGAGUUCCACCCCGAGCUCAAGCACACGGGUGCCGGUGUCCUGUCCAUGGCCAACAGCGGCCCUGCCACCAACGGCAGUCAGUUCUUCAUCUGCCUCGCUCCCACUCCCCAUCUCAACAACAAGCACACCGUCUUUGGCCAGGUUGUCGAUGGUAUGGAUGUCGUUCAGAAGAUUGGAAGCGUUCAGACCAACAACGGCGACAAGCCUCUCAAGGAUGUUGUCAUCAUCAAGGCUCAGUCCUUCACUGCUUGAUUGUCUUGACUCUGCACGAAACUAACGAGAGCAAAAUUACCUAAUGAUUACUUCUCUUUAUCCGCACCCUCGUCCCACAAGUCGCGUAGAAUGCUAUCUGCUACUAUUGUUCAUCGGAAACCC